AUGGAAAAUAUUUUUUCGCUGUUCACCUUUUUGGUGGUGUGUACGAGUCUAGGUUAUGCCUCACAUCAUGGCUUUGAUGAAACAUCAUAUGGCGGUCAUCAUCCAAUUGAAACUCAUUCAGAGGUCUCUAAGCAUGUACCGGUUAAAGUAAUCGAGAAAGUGCCGCUCUCCAUCCCACAUCCGGUGCCUGUAAAGGUGCCCAAUCUUAUACGCAUAGAAAUACCCGAACCAUAUGCAGUGCAUGUGCCCGUGGAACAGGAAAUUCAAGUGCCCACAUAUAAUAUCGUGCCGGAGAUUACCGAAAAACGUAUACCCUAUACUGUUGAGAAACCAUAUCCGGUAGAAGUGGAGCGCCCAUAUCCUGUAGAAGUGGUGAAACAGAUAAAAAUUCCCGUUCCAAAACCAUACCCCGUGCCAGUAACUAUUUACAAACAUGUUGUGCAGAAGGAUCAUGGUUGGGAUUAA